AUAAUGUCCGGACGAGGUAAAGGCGGCAAAGCUGGAGGUGCAAAGCGACACCGGAAAGUCUUACGGGACAACAUCCAGGGCAUUACCAAGCCGGCCAUUCGCCGUCUAGCCCGCCGUGGUGGUGUAAAGCGCAUCUCUGGGCUCAUCUACGAGGAGACCCGGGGAGUGCUCAAAGUCUUUCUGGAGAACGUGAUCCGGGAUGCAGUAACUUAUACUGAACAUGCCAAACGGAAGACUGUCACGGCCAUGGAUGUGGUGUAUGCCUUGAAACGACAGGGGCGCACCCUCUACGGCUUUGGCGGCUGAGCUGUCCCCACGCUUUUCCAGACUCCAAAAGGCCCUUUUCAGGGCCCGCACAACCUCACAAAGAGAGCUACUAACGCUUUGUAUUCUGAGGCGUGUCAGAUCUUGAGUGUAGGUGAAGCACU